CAUCCCCAAUCAUCGCCAUCCUCCAUCACAACAACAUGGAUCUUGAUUUUCCAUUUGAUCUGUGAAACCCAAGUUUAGAUUUUCCCGACAAUUACCCAUUUGGUAGAAAGAUGCACGAUUUCUGUUUCACGAUCCUGUACGGCUUGAUUCUUGUGGUUGGGGGCAUUGUUGGGUAUCUUAGGAAAGGAAGCAUGGUAUCACUUGCUGGUGGUGGGGGAGCAGGAUUGGUGCUCAUUCUUGCUAGGUAUUUGAGUCUCAAGGCUUUUGAGAUGAGAAAGAACUUGUAUUUCACUUUGGUUCUUGAGACUGGUAAAAUUCUUCCACUGUGUUUGAAGAUCUUGCUCUAUUUCUGUGUUUCCUUCUUUGGGUUUAUGAAUUUGAGGAGAUAAGCUUGAUCCCGAGCUCUACUUUUAGUGAUUGAAUUUGGGUUCUUUUUGUUUGGAAUUUGAAGUUGGAGAUUCAUCAAAUUUUGUAGUUUUUGGUAUUAACUUUGUUAGUAGUUUAUCAAAUCUUUGGGGUUUUUUCUUUUUUCUUUUUACUUUACCUUAGGUGAGUUAGGAAAACGACUUUGUCGCUUAUAUUUAAUAUAAUGGAAUGAUUUGU